AGUUACCGGGCCUUAAUGUUAGAAGAGUCGAGACUCUCGUUGCGUGGGCUCGUGGUCCCGGAGAACCAGAAUCUGCUUGUUGAACGGCUGCUUGGAACCACACAACGGCGCCGUCUUCAUCGCCAACUAAUGGGUUCCUUGAAAGAGAUUGCAUCAUCAUCUUCCAUGGAGAAAUUUCUUUGUGAUCGGUUGCUGGACUCGACCCAACCCAUAUCGGAGCGCUUCAGAGCUCUCCUCUCUCCGCAACCUCAAAGGUGCCGGCCCCCGCGACGCCCUCAUACAUGGUUUUCAACAAGAGAUUCUUCAAAUUUGUUAGCCCACGGGGCUGCAUUUGCAGUGGGUCAAAUGCAAGAUACUGAAGCUAUUCCUGCUUUAGAAUCAUUUCUCAAUGAUCUUUCUUUGCAUCCUAUUGUUUGUCACGAGGCUGCAGAAGCUCUUGGAGCAAUUGGUUUAGAAAGUAACAUUCCUCUUCUACAGAAUAGUUUGCUUGUAGAUCCAGCUCCAGAGGUUCAGGAAACCUGUGAGUUGGCUCUCAAACAAAUCCAGGAAUUAAAGACUGUUGUUGAUGGUGAUGGAACGUCCAAGACUGAAAAAUCACCUUUCAUGUCGGUUGAUCCAGCUGCACCAGUUUCUUCUUGUUCCUCUGUUGACGAGCUGAGGAAUGUCCUUCUGGAUGAAGAGAAAUGCAUGUAUGAUCGGUAUGCUGCAUUAUUUGCACUGCGAAAUCAUGGUGGAGAUACAGCUGUUUCUGCAAUAAUUGAUUCUUUGGGUGGAAAAAGUGCUCUGUUGUGGCAUGAGGUUGCCUAUGUUUUGGGUCAAUUGCAGAAUAAAGCUGCUUCUGCUGCACUUAGUGACAUUCUCAGGGAUGUGAAUGAACAUCCAAUGGUUAGACAUGAGGCUGCUGAGGCCGCUGGUUCCAUUGCUGACGGGCAAAGUAUUGCACGUCUUGAGGAAUUUGUGAAGGAUCCGGAGCCUAUAGUCUCUCAGAGCUGUAAAGUUACUUUGAGCAUGUUGGAAUAUGAAAGAUGAGGGAAAUCAUUUGAGUACCUCUUCAUGCAAACGCCCUCAUUGCAAGCUUGAACAGAUAUAGUUCGUGGCCCGUCUUGCUACCUGCUCUGGAAUGAUAGAUGAUUCCUAUCCUGUAUCUUAUUAUAUAUGAACCAAGCUUCCAGGAAUGAGCUCCAAGAUGAAGGGUAGGUAAAUUUAUACAGAGGUUGAUGAUUAGAGCAAUGGCUACCAGGGGAAGGAAAAUAGAAUUAGUCAGAAAAAAUUAACCGCAUAAUCUCUAUCGUAACUCUUUUUUUUUUUUUAUAGAGAUAACCCAACACGUUUAAUUGUUAAUCCAUUGGUGAUAGCCUCACGGUUUUGAUAUUUUAAAACAAGUCUGCAAAUAUAAUAACAUCCUACAAAUUCCUUUCAAUGCA